UGGAGACUGCUGGAGGAGAGGGACACUUCGAAGCGAGAUGGCAAAGGGGACGGUGGCCACAUACUUGCAUGGAGUGCUUCUCCUCGCUCUGUGGAAACCCUCACUGCAAGGAGGUGUAUACAUACCAGCUGCUGGAGGAGCAGGAACCGGAGCUGGAUUUGGACCAGGUGGGAUUGGAACGGGAUUUGGCCCUGGAGGAGCUGGCACAGGUUUUCAGCCUGGUGGAGGAGGCGGACCAGGAGGGACUGGUGGUGGUUUAGGAGGUUUUGGACCAGGAGCUGGAAGAGGAGGCUACGCUGGACAAGUACCUGGGGGUGUUGGACUGGGGGGAGUUGGACCGGGAGGUGUGGGACCAGGGGGAGUUGGACCAGGAGGAGUUGGACCAGGAGGAUUUGGACCUGGUGGGGCAGGAUUUGGGCCAGGUGGAACCGGGAUUGGGCCUGGUGGUGCAGGAAUUGGGCCUGGAGGAACUGGGAUUGGGCCUGGUGGUGCAGGAAUUGGGCCUGGUGGAACAGGAUUUGGACCUGGUGGGGCAGGAUUUGGGCCUGGAGGAACCGGGAUUGGGCCUGGUGGUGCAGGAAUGGGGCCUGGGGGAACAGGAUUUGGACCUGGUGGGGCAGGAUUUGGGCCUGGAGGAACUGGGAUUGGACCUGGUGGUGCAGGGGUUGGACCUAGUGGAACGGGAUUCGGACCUGGUGGUGCAGGAAUUGGACCUGGUGGUACAGGAGUUGGGCCAGGGGGAGCUCCUUUGCCAGGUGGAGUGCCACAGACUGGUACAGGGGGAGGACCUGGAGGGAAGAGUAGUUCUAAAGCAUCAAAACAAGUUCCAGGUAUUGGGAUGCCGGGGCUCUAUCAAGGUGGAUUUGUACCAGGCCAAGGUUUUGGAGGGCGUGGUGUUCUACCUGGAGUGGCAACAGGAUCUGGAGUUGAGCCUCAAACUGGAGCUGGGGUACUUGGUCAAGGUGGGACAGGACCAGGAGGAGCAGGCAAUGGUCGUGGACAACAGUUACCUGGGGUUUUUCGUGGUUACCCUCUUAUAUCACCAAAGUCAGGUGCAGGAAAAUCAAAGAAGCCAGGCAAAGCUGCAGCUAAAUAUGGAGGGGCUGGACUUGGUCAAGGCGGCAUUUUAGGGGGUGGAACUGGAAGACUUCCUGGAGGGGGAGUCACACCCGGAGGCGGAGUUGGAACAGGAACUGGACCUGGAUUUGGAGGCGGAGUUGGAACAGGAACUGGACCUGGAUUUGGAGGAGGAGUUGGAACAGGAACCGGACCUGGAUUUGGAGGAGGAGUUGGAACAGGAACUGGACCUGGAUUUGGAGGCGGAGUUGGAACAGGAGCAGGACCCCAAGUCCGACCUGGAGAAGGGAGCAUUAUACCUGGUUUAGGUUAUGGCCCCGGCUCAGCCAAAGCACGCAAAUAUGGUGAGAUAUGUUUGGCCAUAAUGUCAAAAUAG